AUGAUGAUGGAUGAGUCACAAGUGAAAUCCCAAAGCGAUAGCCCGCAGGAUUCAGCAGGGCAAACAGUCAAAGAAAUGAGCUAUUCCUCGGAAGGCGACUUUUGUGACAAUGACGAUGCUUCUUCCCACCUGGUACAGGAAAGGAAGCGAGACAGACAUGUCUUGAUUCUGAUGGCCCUAUUCAUUGCAGCAGUCAUCAUUGGAUGUAUUGCACUGGUACAACAAAGCGGCAAGGGUGAUGCUCCCUUGUCAGGGAACGAGCGUCAAAAUGAACCUAGUCGUAUUAUUGGUGGAUCACAAAGUUACCAAAAUGAGUUCCCAUACUACGUCGAUACUGGCGACUGUGGAGGAGCCCUGAUUGCUCCCAAAAUUGUCCUUUCUGCUGCACACUGUGGGACUUCUAAGUUUAGUGGAAACAAAGUGAUCGUCAAUGGAUCCAAGAGAGGAAAAGCAGGGACCUAUGGAAAGUUGAUAUCUUGGUCUAGAUGGGUUCCACACCCAGGAUUUGCCGAAGCUGGACGAAUUGGACCAAUCAAUGAUUUCGCGCUCUAUCUUUUGGACGAGGCCGUGACAGGACUUCCAGUUAGUCUUUCUCUCAAUCAGGAUCGCUCCUUUCCUGUAGAUGGAAGUACUGUGGUUGCCCUUGGUACUGGGGUACAAAAUAGGGGUUCUCAACUCGUCAAAGGAAGAGAUCUGCAUGACGUUAUGCUUCCCGUUAUUAACGCUGAGGAAUGUAAGGACAAUUUGGGUUCCUUUUUCAAUACCGACGUUAUGAUGUGCGCAGGAGCCACUGGGAGGGGUAUCUGUUAUGGUGACUCUGGGGGUCCACUUGUGGUCCGCAAUGGAAAUAGACACAUUCUAGUUGGAGUAACCUCCUUCCUCGGCAAUCCUCAGUGUGCCAAGUUCCACAAGUAUGAUAACGUCUUUGCUCGUACUAGUUCAGCUUUCCAUUGGAUUAAAUCCGUUGUUUGUGAUCAAUGGGGAGAACAAGCUGACUUUUGCCCUGGCAAUCCUGGUGCAACUUGCACCGACAAGCCUGGAUGGACUGAUCGUGAUGGAUAUAAUUGUCAAGCGUAUAUUUAUACGGAAGCCACGGGAGUUCCUAUUUGUGAAUAUCAUAGAGAUAUACCAGGUGCUGGUGGUUUGACACCUGUCCAAGCCUGCUGUGUUUGCAACCCCAACUCGCAUAUCAAACCCGCUCCUACUGCUGGAAGCUGCUCCGACUCCCUUGGAUGGACUGAUUCUAACGGAUAUGAUUGUCAGGCGUACGUUUAUACGGAAGCCACAGGUGUUCCUAUUUGUGAAUAUCAUAGAGAUAUACCAGGUGCUGGUGGCUUGACACCUGUCCAAGCCUGCUGUGUUUGCAAUUACAGUACAGGGCAGGGCAGCAACGCCAACUCGCCUACCAAUCCCACUUCUUCUGCUGGAAGUUGCUCCGACUCCCCUGGAUGGACUGAUUCUAACGGAUAUGAUUGCGGCGCGUACGCAUCGACGGAAGCCACAGGUGUUCCUAUUUGUGAAUAUCAUAGAGACAUACCAGGUGCGGGUGGCUUGACUCCCGUCCAAGCCUGCUGCACUUGCAAGUGA